CAGUUCUUCGAGGAAAUUUCGUGACAACAGUGGAAUCUUAAAGUGGGAUUUGUGCAAUUUUUAUUAGUGAUUCUCUGACCGUUAAGGAAGUUAUUGAUUUUCGUCAGUGUGGCUAAAAAAUGAUAACUUUGGGCGGAAAUUACUUGGAAAUUUUGGAUUAUCACUCAAUUUUCAAUUCGUUCUUGGCGAAAGUAUGGAGUCUUCCGGGACUACUAUUCUUCCUCACGGUCAUACUGUUUCUCAUCUUGGAUUGUCGGAAACCUCGGGACUUCCCUCUCGGACCUUUCUGGUACCCUAUCAUUGGUAGCGCUCUGAGCCUUCAUCGAGAAAGAGAACGCCGUGGAAUGUUGUGGAAAGCCAUAGAAUCAAUAGCCCAGCAUUACGAUAAGGACCGUCGAGGGAUUGUAGGUUUCAAAGUAGGAAAGGAUAGAGUAGCAUUUGUCUACACAAGUGCCGCCAUCAAGGAUAUGAUGAGUCGAGAAGAGAUUGAUGGGCGACCUACAGGACCCUUUUACGAAACAAGGACUUGGAACAUGCGAAGAGGGGUCCUGUUGACCGAUGAGGACUUUUGGAUGGAGCAGCGGCGUUUUGUGGUACGUCAUCUGAAAGAGUUUGGCUUUGCAAGACGUGGAAUGGUUGAGUUGAUCCAGCGAGAAGCUGAAUUCCUGCUCGAGGAUAUGAAAAAUCUUGUUGAUAGUGGUGGAGGAUCAGUUCUGGUGGAGAUGCAGAACCUCCUCAAUAUUUACAUUCUCAACACUCUGUGGACAAUGAUGGCGGGUAAACGGUACUCCAGGGACAACCAAAAGCUAAGGAACCUUCAGAGAAUCCUUCAUGAGCUCUUCGCCAGCAUUGACAUGAUGGGAGCUCAGUUUAGCCACUUCCCCUUCCUAAGGUACAUUGCUCCUGAAGCUUCGGGGUAUAAACAGUUCGUUGAGUGUCAUAAGUCUAUGCAUGAGUUUGUGCAGGAGGAAGUUGAACACCAUAAGCUAAACCUUAAAAUGGACGAUGAACCCAAUGAUUUAAUGGACGUGUAUCUUCGCGCAUUGAACUCUCCCAACAAGAGUGACAGUUUCUCAGAAAAACAACUCCUUGCCAUUUGCUUGGACAUGUUCAUUGCUGGGUCAGAAACUACCAGUAAAACCCUUGGAUUUUCCAUUCUCAACCUCGUACGUGAUCAGGAGGUUCAGAGGAAAAUGCAAGAAGAAAUAGAUACAGUAGUUGGACGUGAGAGACUCCCUAAGCUCGAAGAUCGCGUCAACAUGCCUUAUUGCGAAGCAAUUGUGCUCGAAGGACUACGUUUCUUCAUGUCAAACACUUUCGGCAUCCCACAUCGUGCCCUCAGAGACACCACACUUUGUGGUUACGCAAUCCCCAAGGAUACCAUGGUGGUGGCAUCCUUCUUUGGGAUGUGUCGUGAUCCCGGAACGUAUGCAGACCCUGAGAAAUUCGAACCCAACCACUUCCUCGAGAAUGGCAAGGUCACCAUCCCUGACCAAUACGCACCGUUUGGUGUAGGCAAGAGGAGGUGCAUGGGCGAAAUGAUGGCAAGGAGCAAUUUGUUUCUCUUCUUGACCACACUCUUUCAAAACUUUCGUAUCUACGUGCCUGAGGGACUUCCACCGCCACCAGAGGACCCCAUUGAUGGUGCAACGCCCAGUGUGAGGCAAUAUAAAGCCGUGAUUACAUACCGAUAAGUUCGUGUAGCUGGGAAGCGCAACGCAUGCUUAGUGUUAACCCAUUAGUACUUCUCGCAGUUGGCGCUGGUAGCGAGAAAAUGGUCUCCCCUCCACAACUCAUGUCGCAACUGACAGCUUAGAGCAUUUUUUACCAUUUAGUUUGAGGAGAGGCGAAUCUCGUUUCACAUGAAUCGCAUAAGUUAGGGAGUUUUAAAGUGUAAUAAAUAGUGAUUUACCAAAUAAAUAAAUAACCGUGGAUAUUA